AUACCCAAAUCAGAAACUUUUUUUCCCCAAUUCCCAAUUCCCUUCCCGUCCCCUUCUCCUAAACCGACAUUCCCUUUCCCCAUUUCCCUUCCUUCUCCUUCCUUCUCAUUCCGUCACUUUUCAUCAUCAUUUUCAAACCCUUUGCAUCCUCAAGACCUUCGAAACCCAUGCGCUUAUCCCGCCGUCCCUUGUCUUUGAUUUUCAAAGAAAUUGGGUUCUUCUUCCUCUAAAUUUCGAAAGGCUGUGUGAAAUCAAAGUAGCAUCGAAAUCCUUUCCCUUUGUCUUUGAUUUCUGCCGAGUUAGGGGAGAAGGAGUGAGCUUCAAUCUCGUGAUUAAACAUCCAAUUCAAACCGUGAAUCAAGCAUUAAGUCCGUUUUCCUCCUCGUUUCUGGUAGCUGAACAGAAGGUUAAUGAAUUUCUCAAGUAAAUGCUAGUUGUUCAAGGUGGUUUUGACGAUGAUGAUGACAAGUAAUUGAGUAAAGUGAUGCUCUUAGAUGAUAUAUUAGAUGUUUGUUGAUUUGAGAACUUGUUAUGGGUAUUAUGUUGAUUGAUAGAUUUAGGUGAAGUUGAGAUUAAUCAUUUUGAUUGUGGAUACUCGUCAAGAGCUAAUUGUUAGAUGAUUGAAUAUUUUAGAUGGAUUAUUAAUUCUUUAUGAGCAAUAGCGAUUGUGGCUGGAAUGUUUACUUCCAGUUUAAUAAGAUGUAAAUAGUGAAUUUGUAACACCCCGAGAUUUUAAUAAUGAAAUUAUUUAAUAUUUUAAUAACUUUUAAAGAUUUUACAUUUAUAUUAAAUUAUUUCUGAAUUAGUUUAAUAAAUUUCUUGCAUACAUGAAUGUAAAUGUUAACUUAUAUAUAUAUAUAUUAAAAAUAUAGUUACGAUUUCUUAAAUAAAGAGGUUCGAAUCAAAAUAAUUAUUUUAUUAAUAUGUGUGAGUACACAAAGGCGAGUCUCUUAGUUGAGUCUCGCAAGAAAAUAAACAGAGAUAAAAAUAAAUAAAUAUAUAAACUUAAUAAUAAUAAUAAUAAUAAUAAUAAUAAUAAUAAUAAUAAUAAUAAUAAUAAUAAUAAUAAUAAUGAUAUAGCAACGAGUAUAAAAAAAAAACCCAUGAAACCCUAAAAACAAAAGCUGGGCCGUCAUUUCCCUUCUCCUUCUUUCUCCCUUCUCUGCGCUGCUCCGUCUUUCUCUCUUCUCUGCGCUGCUCCGUCUUUCUCUCUUCUCUGCGCUGCUCCUUCCUCGACCAGCAGCAGCCGCCGUCCCUUCGCGCAACCAGUGCAGCCGCCUCGUUUCCCUCGCAAGCAGCAGCAGCAAGGGCUGCGUUUCUUCUCGCAAACAGCAGCAGCCAGCACCUAGGCCGCCACCUGCUCCACGCCUGCUGCCGCCACGACCGCCAGCCUUGUCCUCCCUUUUCUGCCGAGGAGGCUGCCGCCACCAAUAAGGCCCACGGCCCAACUGCGUGGGUCCAUCACCACCACCUAGUCUUCAUCCUUUUGUUAGUCCCAUCUUUGUGCCCAUUUCGUAAGAGGAAAGUAGAGCCUUAGUUGAGGUGAUUUUGUGACUUUUGAUCGUGCAGUGACGCUUGCAGCAGGAGGAUCAUAGACAAGCGUAGCAGGAGACGACGUCAUCGAAGAACCCUUCUAGUUGAUAGCUGGAUUCGUUACCUUGAAGCGACAUCGUCGCCUGAUUACAGAUCAGAACCGGUCGGGAAUGAUGGGUUAGCGGUGUUGAAUAGCGUUCCAAGGAUGUAUAUUAAGCUGAGCACGUAGGAAUUUGUAGAUUUGUAUUAGGAUUUUGGAUAAAUAUAUAUUUGUUUUGGCUAUGCUGGUUAUAUAGGACUUGUAGAGAAUUGUAUGAUUGUCUUGUGUUUUAGUUAGAUAUUGAUUUUGGGAUUUAGCUGAGUUAGUCACGUUGAAGAGCUUGUGACCCCUUUUGCUUGAGUUUUGGAAGUGUGAUUUCAGUUUCUUGUGAAAUGAACCCAGUGAUGACCCUGUUUACGCAGUCAGCGGAAUUACUGUUAAAGAAGAAGAUGGCUUGUAGCAUAUCAUCUUCUGCAUUUCUUAUAUCGUCAGACUUGUUUGGAGCUCGAAAGAAUAAGCCCACCUCAUUAUCAUGGUCUUCUUCAUUUCCUCAAUUCAAUCUUUCUCUCAAUUCCAAAACUAAUUUGUCAAAUUCUACACCCAAACAGGAUUUUGUUGUUCAAGCAGCUUGGACUCGGAGAUCUCGAGGAGAACCAAGGAAAACCGAUAGGAAAUCAUGGAAGCAACAGACUGAUAUGUUCAUGAGACCUUUUCUGCUAAAUGUAUUCUUCUCGAAGCGAUUUAUUCAUGCCAAAGUGAUGCACCGUGGAACCAGCAAAGUGAUAUCUGUUGCAACCACGAAUGCUAAGGAUUUAAGAACUACCUUGACAUCCCUUAUUGAUAAUAAUGCAUGCAGAGUGGUAGGUAAGCUCAUUGCUGAGAGAUCAAAAGAAGCAGAUGUAUAUGCCCUGGCCUAUGAGCCUCGGAAAGAUGAGCGCAUUGAGGGAAAGCUUGGCAUCGUCCUUGAUACCAUUAGAGAAAAUGGAAUAAUUUUUGUAGAUUAAUCUCACAUUUUUGUGUUAUGGUGAAGAUUGUGUAGAGUGAAAUUGUGAUUUUACUAUUUAGUGCUGCAUUGCUUAAGCUACUUUCAUGCUUA